UGCCAGAGUAUACAGUUGCCUUGCCGUAGGCGUAGAAGACAGUGAACACGGAAGACAGUUCCGGGUUUAUUAUUCACAGACAGCAGUCGUUAUCAUUCUGUAGUUAGUCACAUAUCAUUUCAGAAAACGAUGUCACUUUUAAUGGAUAACCAAUUUGGAGAACUUCCAGUCGACAAAUCAGUGGAUACAAAGUUCUUUCUGGAGUCAGUGGCAUAUCUUCCGCCUUUUUUUGACUGCCUGGGGUCAAAAGUAUUUGUUCCUAUCAAAUCAGACAUCAGUGGCAAUAUAACAAAAAUCAGAAGUGUGUAUGACAAGGACCCUGCCAAGUAUGCAACACUACAGCAGAUAGUGGAGUCAGAGAAGGAGGCAUAUGGCACAGAGUGGCCCAAAGUGGGAGCCACCUUGGCCCUGAUGUGGCUGAAGAGAGGCCUCCGUUUCAUCCAGAUCCUGCUUCAGAGCUUGGCAGAUGGAGAGAAAGAUGAGAACAACCCUAACCUCAUCCGUGUCAAUAUCAACAAAGCCUACGACCAGGCCCUGAAGAAAUACCACGGCUGGCUAGUGCAGAAGAUCUUUAAGGCGGCAUUGCUUGCAGCACCCUAUAAGUCAGACUUUAUAAAGGCCCUGUCAAAAGGUCAAGAGGUCAGAGAGGAGGACUGCAUGGCUAGUGUACGCCAGUUCCUCAUCAAUUACACGGCCACAGUGGAUGCAAUCUAUGAGAUGUACACAACGCUGAAUGCAGAGCUGGACUAUAGUGUUUGAUGUCCCCCAUACUGGACCACAGCAGCAUCCUGCGUGUUAUUUUCUUUCAGUCUUCUAUUUUUCAUCCUUUCUCUCAGGUUAUGGAACUUUCCAGCUUAUGAGGAUUGAGGACUUUAUUUCAAUGACGCUGUUUUUAUUCUUAUCACCAUUUGUAUUAUUAAUUUCACGUCCCUCCUUUUAAGUCUCUCCCUACUAAAUGUUGACGGUUUGGCCCCAGGUGAGUUGCUACUGGAUGGAAAGUGGCAUAUUCCGUGUUGAGUCUGUUAUAAAUUCAAGAAAUGUAAAAAUUGCAGGAAUGUUACAGGUCUAGCACAACUCUUGUUGUGUAAGCCCAUUAAGCGGUCUGCUGCAGUUACACAUGAUCCACCAUCAGGUAAGAGACAUUUAGAAGUGAUACCCAGAGAGCUGGUCAGUGUUAUUCUAGUACUGUAUCUCUCUUUGUGGGAGGGAAGAGUGUAUCUGCUGAUGAUACAAGACUCAUGAAAUCCCUACUGUAACUACCCUGAAACGUGAGAUAGUACCCUCACUGCCCUGUAGCUAUGGGAAGAGUUAACUACCCCGUGCCUUUAGAGAUUAUAACCAGCAUUAGUGGUUUUAAUGCUUAGUGCCGUCUGUUGUGUGAUGUUUUGUUUGUGGCUUCUGCAUGUUUGUUUGAACAAAUGUAAAUGUAAAUGUAAACUGAAUCUUUAGUUGAGUAGGGUUGCACUUCCUUCAUGUCUUUUUGAAAUACAUAUUUUCAAUCCA